AUGUCAGAUGCGAGUCAUCAGAAGCUUACCUACUUCCUGGAACAAUGGAAGAAGCUCCAAAUCGCUGUCAACGAGAUGGCACCUUACGCAAGAAUGAUUGGUCAAGUUGAAGACGUUCUGGAAGAAAAUGCCAAGUCUAAGGUCAAGUUGGCUGAGUCGCAUGUAGAGUUGCAACAGUCAAAAAAGGAGGAGGAAAGGCUCAACUGCUUUGUCCAGGAGAUGAUAGAGAAAUUUGAAAAGCGGCUUACUUGUCUUCUGGAAAAGCACAAGUCCAGUCUUUUUGAGAUGAACACGAAGUUGGAGGAAGCUAAAGGGAACGUAGCUACUUCGCGCUCAGAUUCUGAACAAUCAACCCAGAGGUGUUUGUCACUGGAAAGGGAGCUCGAAUCACAGAGGCGACAACUCUCCGCAAGCUUAGAUGAGCACAAAAGCCUCACAUCAGCCCUUGGCCUUGUGGAAUUGAAUGACCACUUCUCGGAUAGACUUGAUGGCCUUGCUAUGGAACUACACUCGGUUGCAAAAUCGGCAUUUCUUGGUUGCUCUGAUGACAAAGUUCUAGAUGUGAAUCAAGACAAAACUUUCAGACUACUUGUCAGCUCAGAAUUCAUGAGUUAUGAGAGACCAAUACCUAUCUCAGAUAGCAUAGCCUCAAAAAAUCUCCGCGUCGCAACUUUGGAAGCUCUUAUCACGAGGGAAUUAGUGACUCGUGUCUUCGUACCCAUGCCAAGUUACACCAUUUGGCUCAAUCCAAUCUCGCCAAAGCCAGACUGGGACACGAUGGCAAAGUGUCAACCAUUGCAAGAGGCUAUCAUGAGAGCGGUGUCGUCAAUUGUGUACUCCCACGAUCAGCAGGAGCUAGAAGAAACGAAAAUUGCUGGUAUUUCCGACCGUAUUACUUCCAAGCUGCGACCGCUUCUCGAUGAUAUAAGGUCUUUCGAAACGGAGUUACAUCCGUUGCUACGAGACGCAUUUGAUAUAUGGAGAGCGGUACAAAGGAGCCCUCGGCGAAUUGUCGCAUUGGCUGAUGGCAAGGCGAGCUUGAACUCGCCAGAAUAUGAACUUGAUGAAGGAGUCUCAAUAACGGGGGGUUGGGGACUGACAGAUUGGGGACAUCAAUAG